UUAUUUCUGAACUACAGGAAUUUAAACACACUACUAUUUUUAAUAUUGUCGUCAUAAUGUAGACGUGUUGUAAAAUCAAUGAGUGUUGUUUGCUUUCUGAGUACGUGUACAAAUCUUAAUGCCUAUAUAAGAAGCAGUCGUGUUGGUUUUAAAGAUUUACUUUUAAGUGCAGGUAAUCACAAUUUACAUAUGUGUAUUCACUAAAUUUAUAUUUUUGCAAACUUCACACUUAAUUUCUUAUUUUUCUAAUGAUUGGACAGUUGGUAAAGAAGAAGGCUUAUAAAGCUACAGAAUAGCAGAAGGUGUAAAGAACAAACUGAAAAAUAGCUAUAAGAAGAUAAACUGAAUGAUUGAUAUACGUUUCGAUUAUAAUAAAUACAUGAAUUCGUGAGUAGACAUUAUUGUUGUGCUUUAAAUAAAUGUUACUUCCUUACACCAAUGGUUUGUUUACUUGCUGAAUCUCAAACAGAUACCGCAUAAUUUACUAUAUGACGUUUUGAAUACAAUUUAUUAAUGAAACUCAUGAAAAUCACACCACUAUACCCUAGUGACUAAGUUCCACUGUUAUGACAAAUUUCAAACAAUUUGAAGCAUGUAGUCCUCUCAACCAUGUAACUUUUUAUUUAUUUUAUAUUUUAUUUUGUUCACGUUCCCAGCUAAACAUAGGGCUUCAAGCCACAGUUUUGAAGUUUAGGUAACAGGGGUCUUUAUUUUUACGGAAUGGGAUUGCCAGCCUAAUGCUAGCAUACUACCGGUUUGGCGGGGUUUAGAAGUGCGUCCGCUGGGUGUUGAAACCUGGACCACAUACAUGGUUGGCAAGCAUUCUACCGCCAACCGCUGAAACACCACAUAACUGAAUGUGUUAAAAUUAAAGCAUGUUAAACAGUUUUGUAGAUAAGUAUAGUUCGUUGCUUUUGCCACCGAAAUAAUGUGAACUAAUUACAACUUCAAUUUUCUCAUUAACUUAUGGCUUGGCUGUAGAGAAGACUUCUCCAUCAAUGGACACGCUGAAGUGUCUUAACAAGCAUAUAUUGUCUUCUCAGUUAAACCAUAUAGCCUAUCAACAAUGAAUCCUUAUGGGUUUAUUAAGGCAGUUGGUUCCCUGUGGGCAGCUUAUUCCACCUAACAAAUACUGUCAGUUCAUUCAAUGGUUCACUUAUUAUUGAAUGAGGAUUUCUGGAGAAUGAUCUUUUAUGAAGCAGAUAGUGAUCGUAAUGGGAGGAUUAGUUUUAGUGAAUUUAAAAGGUACAUGGAUAAGUACAGUUAUGCACUGGGAAAGAAAGAAGUGGAAAGAGCAUUUAAAUUUUGUGAUUUAGACAAAAGUGGCUACAUUGAAUUUAAUGAGUUUAAAAAAUAUAUGAAAUGUGAACUAUGAAAUAUCGUGUGCCAUAUUGGAUAUGACAUUUUCUUCGAUCGGAAUUUUUUGAUUCUUCAGAUUUUUUUCUUAUGUAUUUUUUUAAAGUCUUUGUAAAAUAAACAGAUAAAUUUCUGAGUUUUUUUCUUUUAGGGAGUUUUUGCUUCUCGUCUGCUUCCUGAAUCUAUUAGUUGUUUGUUAGAAUGUACCUGGAUUGUGUAUGGAUUUUGAGAAUGAUAGCUAGGCAGAUACUAUAAACAUUAGUUUUUUAAAUGGCCUUGGGAAAUAAUAUACAGCCUUUUUUACGGUCA